UUUAAAAUAAAAGAGAGACCGGAUGUAUUAUAAAAUCUCGUCAAGUGCCUUGUACAGGUACCUGUCAGUUACAUGGAUCUGCUAUGCGUCACGGGCUCUUCAGAAGGUGCUGCUGCGCGCGCUCUGGUUAGACUGGAGACCCCAGUGCGCAUUAUCUAGUGUGAUGAAGACGCUGAAACCCACGACAUGGAUAUACAAGUACGCGUGGAGAUACCCCAUUUCAGCGCAUUUUCGGCGAGCAGAAUGAAGCGCAAGUGAUGAACGCCAUGGUGGAGUUGUUGGAACCUGUUGUUUGGAACUUUACGCUGAAAUUUGACAACGGCACGCGCGCUAAUGAGACUACAGCAGGACAUCCAGCUGACGAGUAUUAUAAUAUUGUUCAUGUCACCGAAACUAAAAUCCUUCCCGCGUUUAUUGGAUUUCUGUGCUCCACCGGGCUUGUUGGAAAUGUUCUGGUUUUGGUGACUAUUCUAAGGUCUGCCAAAAAGACAGUGCCAGACGUGUAUGUCGGGAACCUGGCUGUGGCCGAUCUGGUGCACGUGAUUGUCAUGCCUUUCUUGAUUCACCAGUGGGCGCGUGGAGGGCACUGGGUGUUCGGCAGCAGCCUCUGCACCAUCAUCACCUCACUGGACAACUGCAACCAGGUGGCCUGUGCUGCAGUCAUGACUGCCAUGAGUCUGGACAGAUACCUGGCUCUUGUUCAUCCAUUUCGCUUGUUGAGUCUCAGGACCAGAUCCAGGACCAUCCGCAUUAACCUGUUUGUGUGGGCAGCUUCUUUCAUCAUGGUUCUGCCGGCCUGGGUUCAUGCCAAAGUCAUCCGCUUCAGGGACGGUCUGGAGAGCUGCUCACUUAACCUGGUCUCUCCCAAACAAGUGCUCUGGUACACGCUCUACCAGACUGUGACGUCCUUCUUCCUGCCAUUACCUCUGAUCCUGAUCUGCUACAUACUGAUCCUCUGCUACACCUGGAGAAUGUAUCGCAAGAACAAAAAGGCUCACAGGUACAACACCAGCCUGCCUCGGGAGCGUGUGGUCCGCCUGACUAAAAUGGUCCUGGUCCUGGUUGCGGUUUUCCUGGUGAGUGUUGGGCCAUACCACAUCCUGCAGCUGGUUAACCUGAGUGUUCCUCGGCCCUCGCUGGCAUACCACACCUGCUACUACCUGUCUGUGUGUCUGAGCUACGCCGCCAGCAGCAUCAACCCCUUCAUCUACAUCCUGCUAAGCGGACACUUCCGCCACCGGCUGGUUUGUCGAGAUACACCAAGCAUGCCGAGUGUGGAAAGAGAAAUCCAGGCUCCUCGCUCCAGCUUUUAAACAGAAUUCACACUGGAAACACAAGAUAAUGCUGGAAGUGGAUUGAUGAAUCCAUGAGGCUUUUUUUGGUCUCGUGUAAAAGGCAGCUGUUUUGGGUAAAAAUUUGUUUGUUUUCUUUUUACCUGAUAGAAUGUAUCUCACACAGAAGCAUGGGGUGUUUAAUAUGUGCACGAAUGCAUGUCUUGUCUUUUUUUUUUACAGCAGGUCUAUUCUGUGAAUGUGUUGUAAGAAUUGUGAUGUCUUGGCUCCCUCUGCUGUUUAAUUUUAGUAAUUUACAAUCUCAAAAAAUCUUCUUAUAUAUGUCAUGAAUACACAAAAAUGCUGGGUAUGAGUUGUUGGUUUAAACUUAAUGCAGGGACUGAGUUUGCCCAUUUUUGCCCAUAUUUUACACAAAUUCAGAUUUAUUUUAAUCAUAAUUUUA